UCUGUGAGCGUCUACGUGGUGCUGCUGACUGGCGUGCGCAUCUACGCACCGCUGAGCCGCAUGCGCUCCGACACGCUCAUGCCCGUCUACGCGGUCGGCAUGAACGACCACGAGGCGCCGUUCUCGUUCGGCUCGUCGCGGCCACCGUUCACCUUCCACUGGUCCGUCAACAACAAGGAGGUCGCCGCGCUCAAGUCGCCCUUCUACCCG